AUAGUGUUUAAUUCAGAAUCAAAAUCACGGUCUUUAAACAAAAUUGUCUGCUGGAAAAAGUGAAGGGCAGCAAAGAAGAUGAUUAAAAUCGUCAGUGUUUUAUGCCUGGUUGUGAUAGUUUCCGCUUCGUAUGGCCCUAAAGUUGACGAUAGGCUUUGUGGACUCGCCACUGACCAAAAAGCCUUGGAAGACAUUCUGUCACAGUAUGGUAACAUUAUAAAUCCAGAACUACCCGAAGUUAACCCAGAUAUAGUAUUUUAUGGCGUGCCAUUUAUAAACUACGGGCUACCUAAUUUCGAUGGUGGUGAUGGAGGAGAUGGUGGUACCGGAGGAGGAAAUAAUGGAGAUGGUGGUAAUGGUGGUAACGGUGGUAAUGCUAUUAAUAAUGGCGAGGGUGGUGACGGAGGCAACGGUGGCAACGGAGGUGGAACAUACGGUGGCGGUCUCGGCGAUGGUGGAGAGGGUGGUGAUGGUGGCGAAGGUGGUGUUCUCGGUGGCGAAGGUGGGGAAGGCGGUAACGGCGGUGACGGUGGUGAAAACGGCGGUGACGGCGGUGAAGGUGGAACUGGUGGUAAUGGGGGACAACUCGGUGGUGAUGGUGGUGGUGGUGGUGAUGGUGGAGAUGGAGGGUUCUUCGGAGGUAAUGGUGGUGACGGUGGAGCCGGUGGUAACGGAGGCACUGGUUUCCCAUUGGUGCCACCUUUCAUUGCAGCCAACCCACCUAGCCAUUUGCCGGGUUCCCUCCCUCAGUUUGCCGAUCUUUGUCCCGUAAACAGACAAAAUAUUCAACCACGUACAGCCUACAACACGAGAGGGCAGUUGGUUUAUCUUGUCCAGGCUCAAGUCGGAUACGUCUCCGUGCAGCAGUACUUUGAUUCAGCACGAUGCUUACGACAGAGGUGCGCAACUCUCAGCGGAGGUGGUAACUGUCUACAAAAAUUCGAAUGGAGAAAAGCAUUGGUCAUCCCACGAUGUCUGCAUGAUCGACCCGUGCUUCAGGUUCAAUAUGUUGCCAUCCCAAGCUGCUGUGCGUGUGAGGAGAUUCGUUACUAGGCUGUUUGCAAAUAUAUACGUCCGUCUGAUCGAAUGAUUUAGUUUUAUUGCGAAUUUUUGUGCUUCAAAAAUGUUCCAUCUUCAUAUCUCAAUUGAAUACAAAUUAUUUUCAUUCAUAAAAAUAUUUUUUACAAAUUAUAUUUAGCUAUAUGAACUUAUUUUAUUAAUCUAUAAUUUUAAUCUCAUAAAUAAAAAUAUUAAAUGAGAAACAUAAAAACGAUUUGUCAACGGUCGGAAGUGAUACAAAAGGGAAUUCCCCUUUGAACUAUUAAUGAGGGCGACAAACAGUCAUACGCAAGGCAUACUAUCAAGCAAUUUUGAACCGGCAUGUAUAUUAAGAUGUAAACUCAGACACAUCCGAUAUAACAUUUUUUUUUAUAUAAUUUUUUUUCUGUAAUUUAAUAAUUUGUAAAUAAUUAAUUAAUUUCGCCUUAAUUAAGUAGACAAAAUAAGUUGUAAAUAUUUAUUUAUGUAAGAUAUUUAAAAUCUAUAGGAAACUAUCAUCUUUCAUUAAGUUUGUAAUUAAGCUAAAUAACGAUAAGUAUAUUUUGAUUAACUGUAUGUGGUCACUUAAAUAAUUAUGCAAAUAUAGUAUGCAAAACCAUUUGUAAUUUGCAUAAUGAUAGAAAUGUUUGGUCAAGGGUUACAAUAAAAUUAAUCACCAGUAAUUUGCAA